AUGACAGGAGGAGAGGGUCCUCACAGCUACGCUCAAAACUCUUCCUUUCGGGGAGAAGUUUUUGAAGCUAACAAAAAACUGAUUGAGGAAGCAAUAGUCAAGAACUUUGAUCCCAUGACAUACAUUGGACCUACAAACGUCAUUCGGAUUGCUGACCUUGGCUGCUCCACUGGGCCUAAUGCCAUUAAGCUUUCUGCUCAUCAAAUCCCAGAAUUCCAUGUCUUCUUCAACGACCAAGUUUCAAAUAACUUCAACACAUUCUUCAAGCAGCUUCCUCCAAAUAGAAACUACUUCGCUUCUGGGGUUCCUGGCUCUUUCCUUGGACGCUUAUUCCCAAAGAAAACUCUCCAUUUUGUCCACUCAUCUUCAACACUUCAUUGGCUUUCUAGGGUUCCUAAAGAGAUUGCAGAUAGAAGCUGCAGUGCAUUUAACAAAGGAAGGAGUCAUCACGUAAAUGCUCCUAAGGAAGUAGAAGAUGCGUAUUUAGCACAGUACAGAGCUGACUUGGAGAAUUUUUUGCAUGCUAGAGCGCAAGAGCUUGUGAGCAAUGGGCUAAUGGCGCUUCAGAUCGCUACUGUGCCUGAUGUGAUUCUCGAAUCUGAUAUACAUCCUUCUAGGGCUUAUGAGCUUCUUGGAUCUACUCUCAUGGACAUGGCUAGAGUGGUAAUUGAGAAGCCUUUAACCGUCUGA